CCAAUAUGUGGCAUAUGUCAUUGUGACUUUAACCAAGCGAAGACGUCAAAAAGAACCAAUUCAAUAUUUUGGAAAAUAAUUCAGAAGUAAUUCUUAAAUAUUUCUAAUUUAUAAGAUGGUGAUAUCUGAAAUUCCCAUAGUAGAGUCUCCUCCAAGUGAGGUAGAUCCAAUUGAAAAGAAAAAUGUCGAGGUCCUACAGCCCUUUACUUUAGAAAUCUUGAAAUUAAUCAAAUAUGUGCAACAGCAGCACGGAUUGAGACAUGGUGAUUACCAGAGGUACCGAGGAUACUGCUCUAGGCGAAUUAGUAGGCUUCGAAAGGUAUUGAGGCUUCCACAAGGUGAUCGAAGACACUUCAAGAAACGAGAUGUUACAGAAAAUCACAUUAUUAACCCUAGGUCUGAUGAGAGAUUUCUUCAUAUACCGCUCAUCUUAUCAGAAAGGUGUUGGGCCUAUGCGAUGCAGUUGAAACAAGAAUCAAAUACUGAACCUCGAAAAAAAUUCCACCUAAUUCAGAAGUUGAGAAAAGCCUGCAUUUACGCCUUACAGUUAGAUGAAUUGUGUAAGAUGCAACGAUGUGAUGCGCGCACUCAACUUGAGGCUCAGGCUUAUGUGGCUUGGAUUCAUGGUUCUUUGCAAUUUGAACUUGAAUUAUGGGUCAAAGCUGCAGAAAACUUGAAAAAAGCUCAGGUAAUAUAUGAAAAACUCGCUACAACACUUUCCGAAGAGGAUCAGUUGCCCUACAAGCAAAGGGUGGAAGAAAUCGCCCCAAGUUUGCGUUAUUGUGCUUACAAUAUUGGCGAUGAAAAAGCCGUAAACCUGCUGGAGUUACGAAGCCAAGGAGUUCUUGAAACAUUUGAUGCUCUAAUAUCUCAAACUAAGGAAAAAACUGCUGCAAUACUACACGAAGUGACUUGGUUUGGGACGAAAAUUCCGAUUAAAAUUGAAAGAGUUCGCCUUUUCUUAUUGAGCAUUGAAGGUCUUGAUGACUCUUUGAAAAACGCUGAGGAUAAUCAAGCAAAAAUAAAAAUUCUGGAAAAUGUAUUUAUCGAUUUACGUGAUGUUAUUUCUUUAACAAGAGAAAGUGCUCGUACAGAUAAACAGGAUCAGCUCCUCUUGACCUACUUGCUAUCCAUUCGAAUCGAAAGAACAUCGCAAAGGAAUCUAUUGCUUGUUGAACAAACCAAAAAACCUCAAGACUGUGUAAGGUUGCUGGACAUCAAUAUUCAACAGACUAACGAACUGUCUCAAAAUGAGUCGAUUAAAAACAACGACUCCGCUCAAGAGUACUUUACAAGUCAGUUGGCUGCAUAUAAAGCUCUGCGUUCAUACUAUUUAGCAAGAACUCACGCAGGAGCGAAGAGAUGGAGAGAAGCGGUGGUCUUACUUGAUGUCGCAUUAAAAGCUAGCGCCAAUUUAAAACCGUCUGAAUACAUUCCGGAGUUGUCCAGCCUUGUUGCAUUAGUGAAAGAGACCACUGAAACUGAAAUCGCCAAUACCAAAGCCAAUUUCGUUUUGGAUAGUCAAGAUGAACAUACUGUAACAGUACCGACAAAAUUAUAUAAAUCUAAGAAGCCUCUAAUUGAGAGGCUCGAUGAGUUUAGGGAAGAGCCGCAGCUCUUAUCUAAAAAUCCGAAUUUGGUUUCAUUGCCACCCAGUAUGGAACCAGUACCCGCCAAACCUUUGUUCUUUGAUUUGGCUAAUAAUCUAGUGGCAUUCCCUGAUCUUACUGAAAAAUUGGAAGGACAAACCAAAGGGAAACAAGGCGCAGGAAUAUCCGGAUUUGUUAAAGGCUUAUGGGGUUGGGGUAAAAAGUAAGGCCAGGAAUACUGUAUGUAACUGCAUUCAAAAUUAUUCUGAGGUUUUUUAGUAUUGUUUCAUUUCAGUCAAUUUUAUUUGGUAGAUAUUAUUACUGUGCAACGAUUCGUUUUUUAAAUAGAUAUGAAUAAAAGAUAAAAUAAAUUACAUUGAAUGGCAUAA